AUGUCCAAACUCCUGCAGAUGCAAAUUUCGGGCGUACGCUCAUUCCCUCCCACUCACAGUCAGACAAUCAAGUUUGAAUCGCCCCUCACUCUAAUUGUUGGCUAUAAUGGAUCUGGAAAGACAACCAUCAUCGAAUGCCUCAAGUUUGCCUUUACAGGAAUGCAGCCACCAAACACUAAAGUCGGAGGAGCCUUCGUUCAUGAUCCCAAGAUGAGAAAUGAAUCCGAAGUCAUGGCAAUGGUUAAAGUGGAGUUCCGUUCGGCAGUGGGUGCGAGGCUGGUCGUGGCUCGACGCUUACAACUGAUCGUCAAGAAGACUUCUCGCUCCCUAAAGUCACUAGAAGGCUCACUUCUUCUAUCUCACAAUGGAGAAAAGCGUUCCAUGUCUUCCCGGGUUGCAGAGCUUGAUGUUCUUCUUCCGCAAUAUCUGGGCGUUUCUACCGCCGUGCUCGACAACGUCAUCUUUUGCCAUCAAGACGAGAGUCUAUGGCCAUUGAGUGACCCCUCAAGUCUGAAGAAGCGUUUUGAUGAAAUCUUUGAAGCCCAGAAAUACACCAAAGCCAUUGAGAACAUCAAACAAAUUCGAAAGAAACAUAACGAAGAAUUAGGCAAAUACAAACUUCUAGAGGAACAUGCCCGCGGUGAUAAGGACCGUGCCCUCAAUUCUCAGAAGAAGGCAGAGCGGCUGCAAAAGGAUAUCGAAACCCUCCGUGACCAAGUUGAGAAUCUCGAACGACGUAUCGCUAAUGCCAGGGGUCUUGCGGACGAGGCGUGGAGGAAUGGCGAAGCUCAUGCUCAAAUCCUCGGUACUCUCGAGGGCAAACGCAUUGAAGCCCGCAGUAAGAAGAGUGCAAUCGAAAGUCUUAAAACGCAUCUUGAAGUGAGCGAUGAGUCGGACGAAUCUUUGACAGCAAAUCUACAGCAGUUUGAUGCCAGACAGUCAGAACAUCAAGAGCAGCUACGUCGACAGCAACAACAGUAUCUUGAUCAUCAAGACAACAAGAAGAGCCUGAGCAAGGAAAAAGAAGAGAAGGUCAAAUUAAAAGGGAAAUAUGAGCAAGAAAAGGAAGAACACGACCGUCAACUUACAAGACGUAAAGAUAUGGUCAAAGAGGUGGCCGCAAAACAUCAGAUACGUGGUUUCAACGAUGUCGACGAUGAACGACUUGUGGAAGAAUUUUUGUUCAAGAUCACCAAAAUCUCAAAGGAUCAGAAACUUGCCCUUGACCGUGCUAGGCUUGAACACACUUCUGAGAGAAGAGAAGCACAAACUCUGGUCAAUCGACUCACAGAAAGAAAGGCUGCUCUUGAGGACAAUAAGAUUACUAUCAAACGACAAAUCGAGUCCAAUGAUAGAGAAGCUACAGACUUUAGGAGGAAGACAAACGAGAUCAAAUAUGACGAAGGAAGCAGAGCUGUGGCCGAGUCAAGAAUCGAUGGCCUGAACAACAAGUUGAAGGCUGCACAGGCAAAUGCAGGAGCUGCGAAUUGGGACGCGAAGCUUCAGGAAGCCAAUGUUGAACUCCGUACACAUGAAGACACUCAUGCGCGUCUCAACGAUGAAAUCGUCCAAUCGACCAAGAGAGCCGAUGAGUUAGCUAGAUUGUCACAUGUCAAACAGGAGCUCAAAGAACGACAACGUAGUCUUGAGACCCUACUCAAUACCCAUCGCGAUCGCAUCACUAAACUCAUCGGACCAGAUUGGGAAGCUCAUACGCUGGAGAUUGUCCACCAGAAUGCUUUGAGCGAGGCAAAGACGGAAGCCACAUCCGCUGAGCAGAAGAGAGAUACUGUUGGCAAGGAUCUAGAACUCCUGCAACAUAAACAAACCAUUGCACGUCAGGACCUCAUCCAGAAGAAAGCACUGGUUGCCAAGAGUGCAAAACAAAUCAGUGCUGUGGUUGAAGACGGUCCCGAUGGAUAUGCAACGGCACUUGAAGAAGCAGAGGGCGAUGUUGAGCAGGCUCGAGAUCAGAGUGGAAGUCGCGAUGCUCUUCGUGAAUAUUACGAGGCUGUCUUGACAACUGCUGAAGGAGAGAAACCUGCAUGCCGCACAUGCUUACGAGGCUUCAAGGGUGGUCCCAAUGACUCAGCUCUGCAAACUUUCAAAGGUCGCAUCAGGAAGCUGAUGGAGAAGGCACUCAAUGACGUUGAAGAAAUCAAUGUGAAGGAAGUCGAAGCUCAUUAUAAACGUCUCACAGACCUUGGGAUCGUGGUCGAGAACUGGAGAAAAUUGACCAAUUCAGAAAUACCUGCCUUGGAGACUGACCUCGCAAAAUUUGCGGAGCAACGGGAAAGGCUCGUAGCUCAAUUGGAGAAACAUGAUAAAACCGUGGAACAACGACAAGAAAUCAGACGUGACAUUGACGGAAUGACUCGAACUGUUGUUUCAAUCACCAACUGCGAUGGCGACAUCAAGUCAUUAAGUAACCAACUGGAAGAGCUUAAUGCCAAACAGAGCCAGAAUGGUGGAGGGCGCACCCUCGAGGAUAUCCGAGAGGAGAUGUCUGUCACUUCAGAGAAAAGUCGAGCAGUACAGAAGCACAUUGCCUCACUUCGCACAGAACAAGAACAAUCUCGGGUUAGCUUGUCAACUUUGGAGAUCGAGUUGCGUGAUGUGAAGAACGAAAUGAACACCAUCAUUUAUCAACUCGACAAGAAAGCCUCGCUUGCGGCCCGAGUUGAGGAGUUCCGAGCGUCAAACCAGAAGCACAGAGAGACCCUCGAUGCUCUCGGUCAGGACAUUGAGAAACUUGGCCCCAAGAUAGCGAUCGCCAAAUCCAAAUAUGAUGAUAUUGAGAAUCGCACGAGUGAAAAAGAACGAGAGAUGUCCAGUGAACAAUCUCGACUCAGUGAGAGCGUCAAUGGCCUAGACCUACUGAACAGUCAGAUUAGAUCCUAUGUUGAUCGUGAUGGUCCCAAUCAGCUUGCGCGUAUCAAUCGUGAGCUCAGCAGAAUCGAAAGUGAGGUCGAUAACGUCGAAAAAGACAUGACAGGACUGACACGCAUCAUGAAUGAGACUCAAAAGUUAAUGCGUGAUAGCGAAGCGACAAAACGAAAGUACUCGGACAAUCUUCUUUAUCGUCAGGAGACUCGUGGUUUGGCUCGCUUGGAGGAAGAGAUCGAGGAACUCGCAAGCCACAAUGCUGAGGCGGACCGUGUUAGAUUUCAGGAAGAAUCCAAAAAGUAUACCCAUGAAUACAACACGCUCAGUGCGAAACAGUCGGGUCUUAUGGGCGAGAUGAAAUCGAAGGAUGCACAACUUGGUGAACUUCUGGAUGAUUACAACACCAACCUCAAAGACGCACCAAAGCGUUACAAGGAAGCUCACAUCAAAGUAGAGGCUACCAAAGCAGCAGUUGAAGACCUUGGGCGCUAUGGAGGAGCCCUGGAUAAGGCAAUCAUGAAAUACCACGGUCUCAAGAUGGAGGAGAUCAACAACAUCAUUGAAGAGCUGUGGCGCAAGACUUACCGUGGCUCUGAUGUUGAUACCAUCAUGAUUCGCGCAGAUAACGAAUCAGGUCGUGGUAAUCGAUCAUACAACUAUCGAGUGGUGAUGGUGAAGAGAGAUGUGGAAAUGGAUAUGAGAGGCCGAUGCAGUGCUGGACAGAAAGUACUCGCAAGCAUCAUCAUUCGCCUUGCGCUGGCCGAAUGCUUUAGCGAGAAAUGUGGCAUCAUUGCCUUGGACGAACCCACCACCAAUCUUGACAGAGACAACAUUAUCAGUCUGGCCAGGUCAUUGAACGACAUCAUCAAAGAUCGUUCGGCACAGUCCAACUUUCAACUGCUUGUCAUCACCCACGACGAGGAAUUUCUACGAGAGAUGAAUUGCGGCGAGUUUACUGACAAUUAUUAUCGAAUUUCCAGGGACUUGACGGCGGAUUCUGUCAUUGAGCGACAGAGGAUUGCGGAAGUCCUAUAA